GCAGACAGCAGGCGCUCCAGUGUUAGGAUGUAGGUGCCUGCGGGGUCCCCGUCGGGGCUCCGAGCCCGAAGUUUGGGGACUGGGGGUGCCCCCAGAAGGCUCCGCGGAGCAGAAGGCGACUUGGGCGCGUCCCGGAAACGGGUCCCAAGUUUCGAAGCAGACCCGGGCGUGGGGCUGGCGGGGCUGGGAGGGGCGUCCGCUCCCCUCGACCCCUCCCCCUCCCGGGCGGGGGUUCCGGGAACCGGCCGGGGCGGGGCGAGGAAGCGGGCGGCCGCGCGGUCGCCCAGGCUGCGGCAGCUCCUCGACCCGGAGCUUGCGUCCGUGCGCCAGUCCGUGCGCCCACCAUCAGCCAUGGCCCCGCGGACCCCCGCGCCUCGGACGCUGCUGCUGCUGCUGCUGUCCAUGCUGCUGCCGCCUCCGGGAGCUUGCGGAGAAGUGUGCGUGGCGUCCCGUGGAGGAACCCCGGCCCCCGACUUCUGUCCUGAUUUCUGCUGUGGCGCCUGCGACGCCCAGUACUGCUGCUCGGACGUGCUCAAGAAGUUGGUGUGGAACGAGGAGGCAUGUGCUGGGCCUGAGACCAGGUGGGUGCACCUGUGCGUCCCAGGAUGGGUGCGCAGGGCCCGGGCCAGCAGCGGGGAAACAGACCUGCCCCUCCGGCCUCUUAGGCCUCUUACGAGGGUGGCUGGAACUGGAGAGAGGCUUUGGGAGCCCCAGUUCUGAACUGGACUCCCUCAA